AUGUCCAAGGAGAGCAAACUCCACUUUCCUAAGUUCCUUCUCCCAUCGACCGUACUUCCUACCCAUGGGCUUCCUCCAGACUUCAAAUCCCGCAAGCCUGAGAAGUACCUGGAGGGACAUGUUCCCUACCUACGCUGUGCGGGGUGCGCGUCACACCUUUGUUUUGCCUCCCAGAUUAUUAGCAAAGGAUUUACGGGUCGCCAUGGCCGUGCAUAUCUCGUCUCAGCGGAGCCUGUAGCUACGGCCGUGUCGGUCAGCGCGUCAUCUUCGCCCACAACUUCACUCCCCAACACGAUAUUACAGCGCCCAGUUCCUCGCCAGCUAGUCACAGGUGCCCAUACAGUCAGCGAUGUGAGCUGCGCCUUCUGUGACAGUGUUUUGGGCUGGAAGUAUGUUGCAGCCGAGGAAGAAUCACAAAGAUACAAGGUUGGCAAGUUUAUUCUGGAAACCAAGAAAAUCACAACCUCUGCCUGCUGGGAGUCCCCGCCCGGUCUUGAUGCGUCCAUGCGAUCAGAACACCAACCGGAAGGGCUCGAAUCUGCUCCCACAGACGCCGAGUUCGACAGCCAGGAUGAGGAUGAGUGUGAGGACUUGUUCGCUGGCAUCUGGAGUCCUGGACUCGCUACACGUCGACGAAGUCGUAAGAUCGAACGUCGACCUGCCAUGUUCGGAAUGUCAUGA